UCACCUGACAUAACGACAUCAGUAUCAUAACUGCCAUCGUCCGUUGUCCGUCGUCGUCGUCGUGCAAUAAGAAAGGAUUACUCUACUUCUCCUCCAUAUAUCUUAAUACCGCAGUCUAGAACUUCAUCAACCAUGUUCACAUCCUCGAUUCGCUUUUUUGCUCUGUCCGCUCUUGUCGCGUUAGUGUGUGCUCGGCCUCAGCCUCAACUACAGGAUGACGGAUCCUCGACCACACCCGCAACUAUAAUCAAACAGGUCGAUGUCAGCAAUCCCGAUGGAAGCUACAACAAUAGCUAUGAAACGUCAAAUGGAAUUAAAGUUGAAAACUCAGGAUACAUGAAGACAAUUGUUGUGCCCAGAAGUAUCGAUGAGGAUGGCAAACCUUUGGAGGAACACGAGGAAACCGUUUUGGUGCAACGCGGUUCCUACACAUAUUCCGAUCCCGAUGGCAACAUCAUUACCCUCCAGUAUAUUGCCGAUGAGAACGGCUUCCAGCCUCAAGGAGAUCAUCUGCCAGUUGCCCCUGAGGCUGUGGUUCCAUCAGGUCAGCCUCAGCAAUAGAGAUCAACCGAUCAACACUUAUACUCAGUUAAUCAUGCCAAAACUAUUAACCAUUUAGUCAGUAACAACAAAAAAUAUUGAAAUAUGUUUAUUGUUAUGAAAUUAAGUAUUGUACAGCUAUAAAAAUAAAUAAAAUUUAAAAACGAUCAAGUUUAAAGACAAAAA